AUGGCCUCCGAGAAGCCGACCGGACGACCGGGGUCUUCAGAAGAAGACGUUGUUCCCCAUCUCUCCUCUUUCAGGCUCGUGUCCCAGAGUCAUGCAUGCAGCGUCCCAAGCCUUUCCAUCGACUCCGGGACAUAUUCACUGGAGCGCUGCCACAUGCUUGAGAGCGGUGAAGAUUUGACAUCAGAGAGUCCUCUAUGUGAUUGUGCCGAAACAAACGGCUUUUCAGAGGAAGAACUCCUGAACAUAACUUUUGAAGCAUGUGACACUACUGGCAAAGGAGAGGUCCAGGCCUCCACCGUGGUGCAGUAUCUCCAGGCCAUGACUCUCCAAAGCUCCGGUCAGGACAAGCUGACCGAUUUACACCACUUGCUGGACCCAGAGAGCCAGGACCAUCCCGUUAGCAGAGAUGUGUUCCAUGCCACCAUGAGAGAGUGGAUCGCACAGUGCGGCCGAGACGGAACUCCUGAGGAUAAAAACCAGGCAACAGGAACAGCCUUAAGAAAAGUAUCUAGGACUGACUAUCAUCUUCCUUUAAGCGAGGCCACGUUCACAGAUCGAGCUGAAUGUCAUUGUGAGUCUGGAGAUUUGUCAGGUUUAGUGUCUGAGCUCACACACACACAGCACAGGCUGAGUGAGCAGAACAUCAGCAUGCUGAGGAGUGUGUCUCAGUGUGAGGACACCAUCCUACAGCUCAGUCUCGAGGUAUCAGAGCUGCACACCAAACUGGCCAGCAGUGCGCAGCUGUAUGUGGCGAGAGCACGGUCUCUUUCAGAGGAGCUUGAUGAAACCCAGUGUGCGCUGAGGGAGAGCCGUGACGAAGCCGCAAGAGCUCAGGCCAGCAACUGUGCAUUAGUAUGAAUCAUUCAU